UGUUAUAAGAGGCUCAACAGUAAUUUCGCAUACGACGUUAACAAACAUCAACAGAGAGUUUAUUAUUUUGAAUGUGCGAAAUGGUUUCAUAGCAUUAUUUCUAUUUUGUGUGUAUCAUACACUGGGUAUGUAUUAGCUAGAGAUAUUGUUCGAGACGUGAGGAUGCCCCCCAAGUUACAGCUUGACAAGGCUGCCUGGCAGUGGGCGGACACAACAGACCCACACGAUGUCACACAGGAACACGUGAACAUGGCGUACAGGCUCAAUCUGAAGCCAUGCUCACAGGGAACAUGCAAGAGGAACUGUAGGGGAAACCCAUUUUGUUUGAAUGCAUUAGGAGAAAAGUCUUGGUUUGCAAAGCUGGAUGAGAGACGAUGGCAUGACUUCGACCCCCAGACAGAGAGGAGGGACAAGGGUUCUUAUGUGGGUCUGAAGAAUCUUGGCGCCACCUGCUAUGUGAACACCUUCCUGCAGCUGUGGUUCCACAACCUCCCCGUGAGGAGAGCUCUGUACCAGUGGCGGGAGACCCACAUGCCCGAUGUCCUGAGUGAUGACUGGACUCCUUCAACAAUCUGUGGGCAUCUUCAGGUCAUCUUUGCCCUGCUUCAGUACAGUAUUAGAAGAUACAUUGAUCCCAGUUCGUUCAUCAACCACCUGGGCCUGGACGCUGGUCAACAACAGGAUGCCCAGGAGUUCUCCAAGUUGUUCCUGUCCCUGCUGGAGGAUGCUAUGUCUGCCCAGGCGCCGCACGGCAGCUCCAACAUCGUGCAGGAACAGUUCCGCGGGGAGUACUGCUAUGUCACAAGAUGCAAGAACUGUGGCAAUGAGUCAAGAACGGGGUCAAUGUUCUAUGAGCUGGAUUUGAAUAUCAAGGGACACAAGUUACUGAAAGAGUGCAUUGAAGAUUUUCUCAAGGAGGAGAAACUGGAGGGGGAGAACCAGUACAUGUGCGAGUCGUGUGAGAGCAAGCAGAACGCCACCAGGGCCAUCCAUCUACAGUCCCUGCCGCCUGUCCUCAACAUUCAGCUGCUCAGAUUUGUGUUUGACAAACACACAGGACACAAGAAGAAGAUCAACAGUUUUGUCCAGUUCCCUGAAGUCCUGGACAUGAGCAGGUAUCUUCGUAAACCAGAGAACACCGCGGUGUACGACCUGACGGCCGUGUUGAUACACCGCGGCCCCAGCGCCUACAGUGGUCACUAUGUCGCCCACAUCAGGAAGGGUCAGCAGCAUCCGUGGUACAAGUUUAAUGAUGAGGACAUCGAGGAGAUGAAGGGACGGAACCUUCACCUGGGGUCCGAGGAAGAGAUUCAGGAGAACUCAAAGGAAAAGAAGGGCAGGGUAGCUAAAGGCUGCCACUCUUCCAAGAAUGCCUACAUGUUGGUCUACACGAGGCAAGGCACAUUGACGGAAGCUCCCCAGGAGGUGUGCAGCAGUCUGGAGGGCCUCCUUCCCCCGGGGGUGCAGCAAUAUGUCCUCCGAGAUAAUGACAAGUUUGAAGACUGGAUCACGGACCUGAUCGCAGCCCGGGAAAACAAAAUUCUGAGUGGGAAGUUUGAACAAGAAGAAGUCAAAGAGAAAUACUUGUCUCUGUUUUAUGAAUCAGGCUGUGAUUAUGAGUGGCUGAGCAUAGACUGGAUCAGCAAAUGGCUGGCUGAUCCAGCAAAAGUUCCUAAAGUCAAGAACCAGCAAUAUUUGUGUCAGCACCAAAAACUAGAUCCUGAUGUGGUGCCCAAGUUGAAGUGUGUCAGGUCUCAAGGGGCAGCCAGAGUGAUAGAGAAACACAAGCCUGACGUGAGGCUACAGGGGGAGGGGACAUUGUGCUGGAAGUGUGUGCGGAACCGAUGUCGGGUGACGAGGAUGAAGCAGCAGAUGGUCAGUGAUGAGAAAGCUGUGAACGUUGUCUCCAAGUUUACGUAUGAUAGUGAGCUGUGCUACUGGGUGGGGAGGUCGUCACUGAGGAGCUGGAAGAAACUGGCUCUCUCCACCUUCCAUCAAGACUCACAGCAGGUCACGCACCAAGUCACAGACGAGGGGGAGGAGGAGGAUGGGGAUGAGCAAAGUGAUGAGGCAAAAGAGAAGCCAGUUGAUGAGGCCAAAGACAAGCCGGGUGAUGAGGGUGGGGACAAGCCAGGUGAUGAGGCCAAAGACAAGCCAGGUGAUGAGCAACAGAAGCCAUCCCCAGACAAGGAAGACAGUGGGGAACAAGAUGACGAUGAUGAUCAGAAGUGCGAACUACAGUUUAACACAGACCUGCUCUGUGAUCACGGUUGUCUCAAUCCUGACAAAAGCUGUCGUCGUCUCAUCCCUGAAGAAAUAUGGCAGCGGUUAAAGACAUAUUUUCCAACGUGUCCCCAGUACAGGAGAGACGAUGCUGUGUGUGAGAAAUGCCUGCAACUAACAGCGGAGGAAGAGCACACCAAGGGACUGUACCGACAGAGUGCUCUCACACAGAAGUCUGUGCUGGCUGACCUAUUCGCGGGGAGGAACCGUCCCAAGUUAGAUGUGAGCAUGCAGGCGAACGUGGUCAGUGCAGCGUUCAUGGAGGAGUGGAGGAAGUUCAUCAAAGACAACGGUAGACGAGAGCCAGUCACAUCCAUCACUAACUCUGUUCUGCUGUGCGAGCAUGGAGGUCUCCUCUACCCCCCAACAUGCAACGGCCACGGUGAACUGCAAGAUUGUGUUUGUUUGCUGUGGCCAUCGGAGUGGGUGAUGUUAACACAACACAUGGGGUUUGAUGUGGAGAUCACUGCCGUUCAGCUGGAGGAGGCUGAUGGCUCUAGGAGUCUUGUUACAUUGCCAGAAAUCUGCCAGGACUGUCUGUCUCUUAGAUUAGCAACAGAAGAAUCCAACCGGUUUAUUUUCAAAGACUGUGUGGUGUAUGUCCGGAAGAUAGCCCCGGAGAAGAAGAAUGGGGUGGGUCCUGCACCGGUGGAGAAGAUCAUGCCAGGGGGGCUGGGGAACGGAGAGAACAGCAACAUGGAGAGAGCUGAGGACCCUGACUAUCUACAGUCCCAGGCCAAGAAGAAAAAGUUGGAUGAGGAGUUGACGAUGGAGAAGAUGGUGAGGAUGGAGGAGGUGGGAUCUCUCAGGAGGAAGAGUCAGAGACAUCGGAAGACGCGUGGAGAGAAGGAGGUGCUUGUGUCAUCUGAUCUGACCCUCAAAGACUUGAAAAUAAAGAUAAUGAAGCAGUUCUCCGUGCCACCAUUUGACCAGAAUCUGUCUCUCGAUGGAGUGAACUUAAGUGACGACUCUCGCACACUACAAGAUUUAAAGGUGUCUCCUGGUGCUGUCAUUCUACUGCAGGCUGACGAGCCAUCUGAAGAAGCAUAUCCCAUUGAGGAAAUUUAUAGAGGGUCAUCCAAACCAGAGAGAGGAUUUCAGGGAACCAACUUGUUGAGCACUUGAGAGCAGAAGUCUCCAGACCACUUGAGAGCAGGCAUCUCAAGACCACUUGAGAGCAGACGUCUCAAGACCACACACCUGAAAACAGACAAAGGGCAGAUAACCCUUGCCUUGCCUAAGGCUUCAGAACUGUACAAACUUUCAACUUUAAGUUUAUUGUGUCAGUUUGAACUCUCAAUGUUCAGUGAAACCAUUUAUCAAUAUUGAGGCUAUAAUGAAAUUGUGAAGAAGAACAUUUUGUUCUGUGCCCGAUUUACCGAGCCAGUGACGAGGUUGUGCAAUUGGAGCAACAGUGACUAUCCCAUCCUUUUGUACAUAUGAACUGUGACCACCACACAGCAUGUAAUGUUGUGCCACAACAAUAGUGAACAUGGUCAUUCAGCAGAUAGUGUAGCUUGGCUUUGUCCGUAUUAGAUAUGACAAUAAACGAACAUCGUGUUCUCACAAUUGCACAUGAAA